AUGGUAUUGGGAACGAUUUGCCAAGUGGAACCCUGCUUCAGAAAGAACGUCGACGAUGGCAAUCUGGUGACUGGCCUGUUUCUCGAAAAGUUUGCGGUCGUCAAUCCGGGAGGUUACACGUUUGAGUGGGCAUCACACUCGAGACCGGGAAAUCUUCUACUGGCUGGUGUUCCUUUCCAUCGGAGGACACUACACAUGUGCCACCAACACAGACGUGUCGUGGGCAAACUCUUCGCCACAGGCGACGGAAGAAAAGACAGCAGAAAAGGCCUCGCGAACUUUUUCAAGGUCUGUCAGAGGCUGAAGGCGCACGAAAGAAACAAUCCAUCCCGCAACUACUGGGGAUUCCCCACCGUGCCCGUCAAGAGGCUGCCAUUGGCGGUUCGAGUGCCCGAUCCCAUUUUGGGCGCUAUCACUCCAGUCGCUCCUGUGGCCGCCGAACCAGUCGAAAGCUUCGCCCUUCGGCUGUUCACGGAACCGGUCGGGCUCUUCUCCGACACACUUCACUUCCACGACGGGCCAGCGCUGCCCUUCUUAAAGCCAGUCAUGUUCGUGGCCGAGCCGACUCCGCCUCCGAUUAUCGAUCCUGUCAGUGUUUUCGCGCACCCUCGGUGGGAAUUUCCUGAUCCUAUCAUGUUUCCUGAAGAGCCGCAGAUGCUGAUUCAACCACCUGACAUGCUGUUUUUACAAGCGUAG